GUUAAAUAAUAUUUCGAAUUAAUAAACGGAUUUGAAAUUCUAAACGUCAAUAUAUUAGUGAGCAACUAAAAUUAGAUGGUAUUUUACAAUGAACUGCUAACUUUGUAAGUUUUUGCAUAAACAAAUUUAACAAUUUAGAGCUGGAAUAAUAAUCAAUUAGCUUAAAUUAAUGUAAAUUAGUUGCUCCAAUUCUCGGGUCUAUUUAUGCUAAGCAUUGAUGAUAUACUUUUUAAUUUUAUUAUUAGUAGCUCCUAAUAAAAGUGUGGGAUCUAUUUUGAUGGUAUUACUUCAAGUGCUACUAUAGAUAACAUAAGUAUAUCUUCAACAGAUGGAACAUCUGAUUGCUUCUUUUUUUAAAUAAAUAAUUCUUUCUUGACUUUUAAAAAUAUAAACAUAAAAAGUUUAGAUUUUUCAAAUAAAUCAACUUUAAUAACAAUAGUUAAUUCUUAAUAGAUUGCACUUUAAAAUAUUCUAAUAGAUAGCUGUAAAUUAAGUGAAAAAUUCAGUAUAUUAACCUAAUAGAGCGAUGUUAAUGUUAUUAUUGAUACUUUUAUAAUUUAAAAUAAUCUAUGCGAUAUAAAUUAAAUUUACUAUCCAUAAUUCUCUGGUUAGUUAUUUGAAGCUGGUUAAUUCAAU